GGGACUUACACAUCGGAGCUUCGUGUUACUACAGCAGCCACAGUCACCAUGAUGAAGUUUGUGUUGUUCGCUGUCGUGCUGGCGUGCUGUGCCUACGUGUGCAUGGCACAACAAGGACGAGGUGUCUACUGCGGUCGUCGGCUCUCCGAGAUGUUGGCGAACCUGUGCUGGGGCCCCGAGCUCAACAAGCGCAGCUGGUGGGUGCCGCCGGCGGGCGCGCUGGCUGGCAUGCGCGGCAAGCGCGGCCCUGUCGAUGAAUGCUGCGAGAAGUCCUGCACUAUUGAUGAACUAAUGAUGUACUGCUAGUUGACGAAUGAUUGACUGUGACAUUCGUGAUGAGUCUGACUUACCUUUAACUGCCGUUUAGUUUACUUUAAACGUUGACCAUGAAUUUAUAGAUAUUUAAAUAAAUAUAAC